ACCGCGACGCCCGACGUUGGCAUCACACCACUUUCUGAGUACUCAUCGACAACCACAGGUCGAAGUUUGCAGAUCAGUCUUAGACAAUCCAAGAAGAAAUCACCAAAACAAAAAUGGCUUCUUUCAAGUAUCUGAUAUUCGUCGCCUUGGUCGCCCUCAGCGUGUACUCCGUUGUCGCCGAAGAAGCCCCAAAAGCCGAAGAACAAGUCGGAGCUGAAGCCACCAGAGUAAAGAAACACGCUUACAUCGCUGCCCCAGCUUUGGCCUACUCUUCUCCAGUCUACCCGUACGCGUACUCAGCUUACCCGUACUCGUACUCAUACCCAGCUGCAUACCCAAGUGCUUACGCCGCUUACCCGAGCUACGCUUACGCUCACGAUGACGGCAAGUACUGGCCAGGCAAAUACGAAGCUAAGGCUUACUACCCAACCUACAAGACCGCCUACCCGGUUUACCACUACUGAACACGCUCUCACGACAACGCCUUCCAAAUCUUCCGGCAACAAACGUAGUUUUUAAGAUAAUUUUAUACAACUUUUUUAACAAUAAAUAUGUGAUCUUUUUUUUCAACAAACA